GUUGAUUCAAGUAAAAAGGAUUCAUCCGAUCCUAUGGAAUAUAAGUUUGUGAGAUUUAAAUGCACUUUUGGAUGUAUACGUGCUCCCCGAGGGGCUGGCUUUAGGAACAGAGGGUAAGUCGACUGUGCUUGUAAAUUUUGAAAAUUUUAAGGUUCAAAAGUACUUCAUGUGAGUCAACAAUUAUGGUACGGCGUACAUCCGACGGAUACAAAAUAACAAAUUACCAAACUGUGCAUAACCAUCCAUGCACAGCAAGUUUCAUGUCCACCGAUGUAUCUAGACGUCGGCUAUCAUCUGAAGAAAUGACAGUUGUACAACCGUUCAUUGAAAGGAACACUGAUGUCCAUGAAGUCAUGGAUUUUGCGCAUGAGAAAUUCAGCAAAGUGCUCCUGUAUAAUGAUAUUAAAAACAUGCGAGCUAUGAUGAAUAAACGUAAGUCGUAUCAAAAUAAAUGGGACAGUAGAGUAGAAAUCGGUAGUUUAGAAGACCUUCUUCAUCGACUGAGGCAGACAGGUCCAGUUAGUGUUCUGCAGGACAAUGCAGACUUUGUAUCGAAAAUUAUUUUCGCGCGUAAUGAUAUGAUAGACCUCUAUCAUAAGUUUCCAGAAGUAGUUGGAAUUGAUUCUACCUAUAAAACGAAUAAGAUGGGAUGGCCUUUAUAUCAGUUUGUUGUGACUGAUGGAUUCGGAAGAGGAAGGACUGUUUUGUUUGCUGUUACUAGGAGGGAACGGUUUGCAGAUAUGAAGGAGAUAUUGCAAACGUUUAAGGGAUUUAUGGGUGAUAUAUCGAAAACACAAACAUUCACUGUCGACUGUGCAACUGCACAGAUCAAAGCUAUAAAGGAGGAAUUCCCCAGGUGCAGCAUUAUUUUAUGUCUUUUCCAUGUAUGCCAGGCAUUCAGAAGGAGGUUCCCAAAUCAACGUGUUAAAAAAUGGUUGUAUCGAAUGGCGCACACGCGCAGUUAUGACAGGUUUUGGAAUUACCUCAACCUCAUAAGUAUUAUAGACGCCGAGGCUGGUGCUUACGUUAGAAGGUACUGGCUAAGGACACGGAAAUAUUGGGCCGCAUCAUGCAACCGGUUCACCAUCAGUAUGGGGAACAAUACUAACAACAGAGUGGAGAACGCUCAUAGGCAGUUGAAAAGGUAUUUACGUAAAGGUGAUCCGCUGGAACUGACACUAUGGAAAAUAUGGAGGUGGAUUGACCACACAACCAUACGUAAAAUACAUCAAGGCCAGUGGAUGCUUCGUAAAUACUACAAUUACGAUGUAAGUUUCAAGAUAAUUUACGAUUUCUCCUAGGUGCAAACUUCACUGCAGUCUAAAUUACGGUGUCUCACUCCGUUUGCUGCCCAGAAAGUUGUCUUAGACUUGCAAAGGCGCAUGUUCUUCUUUCUUUCAAUAUCUUCCACCGCAGUCAAUUACGCAGAAGGAAGUCACAUCUUCUUCGUAAACAGAAAUGAGGCGAAAUGCACAUGUUGGACAUACUGUGCAUACAAUUUGCCAUGUGCACAUGUCGUUGAGGCGUUCUUAAACUCAUAUCUAAACUGUGGUAUGUUCCAUUUCUUUAAAUGUUACUCUUAGAUAUUCUGAGAAAUAGUGAGAGGUGGACACGUCUAUAUAACACAGAGGACAACAUUCCGCGAGCCAUCCGCAUAGCACCUGAACCAAACAACGCGUUCCGAAAUGCUUAUGAACGUCUCAGAUGUCGUCUCAUCCGUCUGAACCAAAGAAAUCCAAAUGGUACACUGCAGAAAAUAGACGAGGUCAUUAGAAAUUUAGACGAUAUGCUAACAAAUGAUCCACAAACAACUUUAAGAUUACGGCGUGCCCCUGUUAAUCGAUUAUUCUUGUGAAAAUGUUUGUACUAACUUAUUGUUUCCAUUUGUAUCCAUAAUAAAAACAUGUAUAUCUACAAUGCUGUUACACUUUCUUUCCCUUCAAAUGCCUGAGAGCGACAGUCUAAAGCAUACUUUGGUUGUUUGUUUCGUGAUGACAGCGCUUUACAGUCAGCUAUAAAUUACACCGAUCUGAGCCUUAUUCACUACGUUUUUCAGCCGAGCAUUUCUGGUUCUAAGCAUAUCCUGAAUAAUGUUGAUUAAUACGAUUUAUCACUUAGACCACAGCACCACCAAGCUUACAACAAUUCUAAACUUAUUCUAACCUAUUCCUCGAUAAUGCCUUUUUACGGUCUUAUUUACCUACCGUGUUCUGAAAUGCCACUGGUUGUGCUUAAUAAGAACUGCGUGCCGAAUUGAAUCUUUUCGCUCUGAAGUAACGGCAUUCAAUGCUUAAUAUGUCUUGUCAGGCUGGAAAAACGCUAAUAAGCAAACCCAGUAGGUUUGAUUUAGUGCCAGUCAUGCUGGAAAACCAGCGCACAGUUUCAUGUCAAACAAUGGCGAACAGUUAGGGAGUUUACUUAUUAAAUAAUGUUAGUAUAUUAGAAUAGUAUACGUGAAAUGGCUCAAUGAUUGCAGAUUUGCCAUAAUCUUUAACUACCAACAUAAUAACUGGGAAAUUCAGGCUAAAUAUAAGCUUAAUAGAAGCAUCCAGUGACAAAAA